UUAUUUGUUUUGUUUUUAAUAUAAGAUGGCGAGAAUCUUUACACACCCACCAAUCAGUUGCUUCACCAAAUUGGGAUUUGACUUGAGCUCUUCUCAUCGUCAUCUUCGUCGCCUUCAUUUCCGACCUACGUUCAUCACUCUAUCACCCACUCAAUCUCCUUGCAAGAAUUGGAUUCGAAGAUUUGUAGCCAUGGAUUCAUCUGGAACUGAUUCGGCUAAAGAAUUGCAUGUUGGUUUGGAUUCAACUACUGAGGAAGAGUAUGCCACACAGUCAAAGCUACUUAAAGAGUUCAUAAAUAUUCCCAGCAUUGACAAAGCUUGGAUUGUCAACUCUGAUUCUGGUCCUCAGGCAAUGUUGGCCUUGAGUCAAGCAAACCUUUUGGCUAAUAAAAGGAAGAAGUUUAUGUUGUCGGGUCAUAUCUCGAAAGAAAGUAAUCAGUCUGUUAACUUUCACUGGGCGCCAUUUCCCAUCGAGAUGACUGGUGCAUCAGCUUUUAUCCCAUCUCCAUCGGGUCUGAAGCUCCUUGUGAUUCGAAACCCUGAAAACGAAUCUCCUACAAAGUUUGAGAUAUGGAAUUCGUCUCAGCUAGAGAAGGAGUUCCAUAUUCCACAGAAAGUUCAUGGCUCUGUAUACGUUGAUGGAUGGUUUGAAGGGAUCUCUUGGAAUUCUGAUGAGACUCGUGUUGCCUAUGUCGCUGAGGAACCAUCUCGUCCAAAGCCUACAUUUGAUCAUUUAGGUUAUUACAAGAAAGGGAACUCGUUGGACAAGGAUAUUGGAAGCUGGAAAGGUGAAGGGGAUUGGGAAGAGGAAUGGGGAGAAGCAUAUGCUGGAAAAAGGCAGCCUGCGCUGUUUGUUAUCGAUGUUGACAGUGGAGAGGUCAAGCCAAUCAAAGGAAUUCCUAGAUCGAUAAGUGUUGGACAGGUUGUUUGGAGUCCAAACAGUAAUGGAUCAGCUCAAUAUUUGGUUUUUGCUGGGUGGUUGGGAGAUAAAAGAAAGUUAGGUAUUAAGUACUGCUACAACAGACCUUGUGCCAUAUACGGAAUUAAGUUCGUAUCGGAUGAACCAAAAGAUGAUGCAAACGGAUUCCCUAUACAUAAUUUGACUAAGAGCAUAAGCAGCGGUUUUUGUCCUCGGUUCAGCAAAGAUGGCAAAUUUCUUGUGUUUGUAUCUGCAAAGACCGCUGUUGAUUCUGGGGCGCAUUGGGCAACCGAGUCACUUCACAGGAUUGAUUGGCCAAGUGAUGGGAAACUUCCUGAGUCAACAAUUAUCAUUGACGUGAUUGAAGUUGUAAAUUGUCCUGAAGAUGGUUGUUUCCCUGGGCUCUAUGUUACUGGCCUUCUGAGUGAUCCGUGGCUGUCAGAUGGACAUAGCCUUAUGUUUUCUACCUAUUGGCGGAGUUGUCGAGCGAUACUCAGCGUAAAUUUGCUAAGCGGUGAAGUGUCACGUGCUAGCCCUGAUGAUUCAGAUUAUUCGUGGAGCGCUCUUGCGCUAGAUGGUGAUAAUAUAGUUGCUGUGUCUAGCAGUCCAGUGGGUGUUCCUGAAAUCAAGUAUGGAAAGAAAGUUCUCGAUGCAGCUGGGAAGCAUUCAUGGCAGUGGUUGAAUGUUCAAAACCCGAUCAGAUGCUCUGAAAAGGUUAUGUCAGGGCUUUCAUCUCUUCAGUUCAAAAUUCUAAAAGUACCAGUUAGUGAUGAUUCUGAAGGUCUUACUGAAGGGGCCAAAAACCCUAUUGAAGCUAUAUAUGUAUCAUCCUCCAAGUCUAAGGAGAAUGGGAAAUGCGAUCCCUUAAUUGCUGUUCUUCAUGGAGGUCCUCAUUCUGUUGCACCUUGCAGCUUCUCCAGGAAUAUGGCCUAUCUCUCCUCAAUUGGAUACAGUCAGCUGAUUGUAAAUUACAGGGGUUCAUUGGGAUAUGGGGAAGAUGCUUUGCAGUCUCUACCUGGCAAAGUUGGAUCGCAGGACGUGAAAGAUGUGCUCACGGCUGUAGACCAUGCCAUCAAAUUGGGACUCGCAGACCCGUCUAAAAUAACCGUGCUAGGUGGUUCUCAUGGUGGGUUUUUGACCACUCACUUGAUUGGCCAGGCCCCGGAUAAAUUUGUGGCAGCAGCUGCAAGGAAUCCUGUAUGCAACUUAGCGUCAAUGGUUGGGAUUACAGAUAUACCUGAUUGGUGUUUCGUUGAAGCCUAUGGGGACCAGACCCACUAUACAGAAGCCCCCUCACCUGAAGAUCUUUUUCGGUUUCAUCAAAUGUCUCCUAUAUCACACAUCUCAAAGGUGAAAACACCUACAUUGUUUCUUUUGGGAACUCAGGAUCUCCGUGUUCCCAUAUCAAACGGAUUUCAAUACGUGAGGGCGUUGAAGGAGAAAGGAGUUGAGGUUAAAGUUCUAGUAUUUCCCAAUGACAAUCAUCCCCUAGACAGACCACAGACGGAUUUUGAAAGCUUUCUCAACAUUGCUGUCUGGUUCAACAAGUACUGCAAGCUGUGAACACCUGAUAUUUUCGAAUACCGAGUUUGUUUUCUUAAAAAAUCGGAAUGGAAAGAGUCGAAAGAAUAAUCAUUUGGUUUUCACCAAUCUUAGAUUGCUUGCAGCAAAGACUGCGACUUUAUGGUUUCAUGUCAUAAACCUUUGAAAAUUAAGUGGUUUAAGAGGUUCUUUUAUGCAAUGAAAACACAUGAGGGAAGAAAAA